AUAUUUUAUUUAUUUAUAGAAUAGAAUAGAAUAGAAAUAAGGUUUAUUUAUUGUAUUUUAUUUAUUUUUGUCUCUCUCCGUGCGAUGAAACCACGCAUGUGUUGAUUCUUCUUUGACCCUAGAGAUAAUCUGCAUUCAAACCGAAGCUCAGAGAUAUUUGCUAGCCGCUGGAUUUUAAGGUUUUCCUGGGCUGCUGGAUUCAUGUAAUUUGUGUAUUGAUUUCUUAAGAUCUGUGAAGAUUGCUUUGAUUUGAUGAGUUCUGGCUGUAGCAUUGCUGCAGAUCGCAUUUCGAACCCACCACACUAAUACGAUCUGCUAUGUGUGUAAUGUAUCACAGUGAAGGUACACCGUAAAUACAGGAACACAUCAAAUUUGCAAUAAAGAAAGGGGGAAAAGAAGAUGGUGACCAUGGCUCCUCUAAAUGUAACACCCAAAUGCUCGACUGCGAUGGCGAAACCUGCUUAUUCUUUAAGAAUGAUUCUGUGGUCCUUUCUAAUUGCUAGUCUUCCUACAAGCUCUCUACAAAAAGAAGAUGAUGACUAUGAAGAUUUCUCCUCAAACAAAACCUGGGUGUUGACUCCAAAGGUGUAUGAGAGUGAUGUCACUCACAUUUUAAAUAGCUUGCUGGAUGGAUAUGACAACAAGCUGAGACCAGAUAUAGGAGUCAAACCAACUAUCAUUCACACAGACAUGUAUGUGAAUAGCAUUGGUCCAGUGAAUGCCAUAAACAUGGAGUAUACAAUUGAUAUAUUUUUUGCGCAAACCUGGUAUGAUAGACGUUUGAAAUUUAAUAGCACAAUGAAGGUGCUCCGGCUUAACAGUAAUAUGGUGGGCAAGAUUUGGAUCCCUGACACCUUCUUUCGGAACUCAAAAAAGGCGGAUGCUCAUUGGAUAACAACACCCAAUCGAAUGCUUAGGAUCUGGAACGAUGGGAGGAUACUGUAUACACUAAGGUUAACUAUUGAUGCUGAGUGCCAGUUAAAACUGAACAAUUUCCCCAUGGAUGAGCAUUCCUGUCCUCUGGAGUUCUCAAGCUAUGGCUAUCCAAGAGAAGAGAUUAUUUACCAGUGGAAGAGGAGCUCUGUUGAGAUUGGAGAUACUCGAUCAUGGAGGCUUUACCAAUUCUCCUUUGUUGGCCUGAGAAAUACAACAGAGGUUGUGAAGACAACUUCAGGAGAUUAUGUGGUGAUGACAGUCUUCUUUGAACUAAGCAGGAGGAUGGGUUAUUUUACAAUUCAAACCUACAUUCCCUGCACUCUGAUUGUUGUGCUGUCUUGGGUGUCUUUCUGGAUUAAUAAGGAUGCAGUGCCUGCCAGAACAUCCUUAGGAAUCACAACUGUUCUGACAAUGACCACACUGAGUACAAUUGCUCGUAAAUCCCUUCCCAAAGUUUCCUAUGUGACUGCGAUGGAUUUGUUUGUCUCUGUUUGCUUUCUUUUCGUUUUCGCUGCUCUGAUUGAAUACGGGACCUUGCACUACUUUAUCAGCAACAGGAACCCGAGCAAACCAGGCAAGAAGAGGAAAAAUCCUCUCCUUCGGCUGUUUUCUUCAAAGACGCCCACUGUUGAUAUUCGCCCACGCUCUGCUACGGCCAUUCAGAUGAACAAUACCACGCACCUUCAGGAGAGAGAUGAGGAGUACGGGUAUGAGUGUCUGGAUGGCAAGGACUGCUCCAGCUUCUUCUGCUGUUUUGAAGACUGUCGGUCAGGGGCAUGGCGGCACGGUCGAAUACACAUCCGCGUCUCCAAAAUUGACUCCUAUGCCCGCAUCUUCUUCCCUACUGCCUUUGCAUAGCAAGACUAUACCUGACAGAAAAAACCACCACAGGUGCAAAGGACCCCAGAGCAACAAACUCAUAAUACAGAGAAAGCAUUUGAACUGUCAAAUCAAUCAUGCAAUGAAAGGAAAAUGAUCAGUUUCUGGGACAGGUGAAUAGUUACUUACACCACCAAAAGGUGUGCGCUUUUUUCUUUAUUGGUAUAUCUACCUGUACAACAUUUUAAAUUCCAAAGCCUGGGAAAAGCAAUGUUUUCAUUGGCUUUGAUGGCAUGGGUGAGUUGGGUUGAUUCUUUCGCCUUAUGUUUUACAAGGAACACAGUGUGGAGAUGAUCAUCCAAUUGGAACGUAAAUGUAAAGGUAAAUUGGGAACAGUACAUUUUACACUAGUUUCCUGUCAAGCAGUGUGAAAGCAAGAUUAGUUAUAUUGUAUAAUGUGCAUAAUUUCUAACCAUUAUCUGAACUAUAACCUAUAAACUAACUAACAAACCUGUUUAAUUCCUAUUGGACUUUAUGAAACAUACAUAACUUGGUGAUACAUUCUAUAUAUGUGUUUGGUUUUCUCACUAAACUCUUCCUCUUUUUUUAUUUGGAGCAACUGGAAGAGGGCAAACAUUUUGUGCUUAUAAAGUAGUAUUUGUUUUAUUGUUCGUCAAACUAUACAUUAUAAACAAAGUGAUAUGUAAAGCCUGCAGUCCAAAAUAAUGAAGUGUCCUAUUACAUUUAUUUGAAGUUUUUUUUUUUUUUUUUUUUUUAGCCAAUCAAAACCAUUGAUUUACUUUAUUUAGCUGUUAAUGACUUCUGUGCAUGGUCUGGUGGAGGGGUCAAGAUGACAGGCGAAGUGACACAGUAAUAUCUAUGGCAUUGCUUGUUUUGUGUAAGAUAUUUGCCACUUUCCAGCAUUCUGCCUAACAGUCUGGAGUUGUCUUCUGAGUGGGAAAAUAUAAAUGUGUGACCCAAAAUAAAUAUUUUUGUUCCACAAUUGUGGGUUAGAAGAAUUGAUUAAUUCAUUUCAAUCUGGCUCACCUACCAAAAGUAACAUUUUCUCAGAAUAUGUGGGUUUAGCUGCAUCAUAUCCCGCAGUGCCAAAUCCAAUGGAAUUCUGAUACUAUUUACUGGCAUAUAUUUUCAUUGAACAAAAUAAAGCCUUUGCAUUACUAAACUGAAUUGGCUGGUGAAUUCUUCAACUACUAAACUUGGAUCGCAUGUAAAUAAUAAUUUACAGAUAUUUUCAGGACCAUCAAGUAUAAGACAUAUCUCACAUAAAUCUCUUAGGGGUAAUGUUUUCAGUAAUAACUGAGUGAUACGUUUUGCUCGUUUGAGUUGUCGACAAAGAGGAAACUGAUUAAUGAUUGUUCAGUUCUUCAAUAUAUACUGUAUGUACUUCAAAACCUUUUCACAAGGAAUUGCACUCAACUGUGGAAUUUUACAAUAAAAUUGUCGCA